AGUGCCCCCGCUCACGUGGAGGUAAUUUGAGCAGACAGCAGUUAACUUGAGCUGCCUGACUGACAGACAGCAACACUCUGGAUUUACACGGAGACCGAGGAACUACACCGCACAAACUGUAUAAUAACUGAUAUUUGUCGUGUAAAAGAGUAUAAAUACUCACUGUUUUGAAGGCUUGUCGGUUUGUGGGUCGACAUGAGGGCCCUGGACUUGCUCCUGCUGUUAUGUUGCUUGUGUGGCCUAUACGCGGUGGGAGGUGCGUCGGAGGGGGAGAAGCAGCUGAUGAAAGCCCUGUUCAACAACUACAACCUGAAGGUUCGCCCUACGGCCUCACCUGGCGCCAAGGUGGUGGUCCGGAUUGGCAUGAUCAUCUCCUCCUUCGUCAGCCUGAACAUGAAAGCAGAGGAGAUGAGCACAAUUGUUAUCAUGAACCUGGAGUGGACAGACCACCGUCUCUCCUGGAAACCUAAAGACAAUGACGGGAUCGAGGUGAUGCGACUUCCUGCUGGGAAGGUCUGGCUGCCUGACAUCGUCCUCAUCAACAAUAAUGAUGGUGUGUUUGAUGUGGCCCUCCAUGUUGCUGUCCAGGCCUAUAGUAGUGGGAGGGUGACCUGGUCUCCCCCUGCCCUCUUCUGUAGUUCCUGUGGGGUCAAGGUGACGUACUUCCCAUUUGACUGGCAGAACUGCACCAUGGUGUUCAAGUCUUACACCUACGACUCAUCAGAGGUGGACCUGCAGCACGCUCUGGAUGACCAGGGCAACGAGAUCAAAGAGAUCCAAUACGACGGGGGCUUCAGUGAGAGUGGUGAAUGGUACAUCCGCCACCAGCCCAGCAGGAAGAAUGAGAUCCGUGAGGACCUGUAUGAAGACAUCACCUUCUACCUGAUCAUCGAGAGGAAGCCUCUCUACUAUGUCUUCAACAUCAUCAUCCCCUGUAUCCUCCUCACCUGCAUAGCCAUCUUCAACUUCUACCUGCCGCCCGACGCUGGUGAGAAGAUGGGUCUGUCCAUCAACGUUCUGCUCACCCUGACUGUGUUCCUGCUGCUGCUGGCUGACAAGGUCCCCGAGACCUCCCUGGGUGUCCCCAUCAUUGUCAACUACCUCAUGUUCACCAUGAUCCUGGUCACCGUGUCAGUCAUCCUCAGUGUGGUGGUCCUCAACCUGCACCACCGGUCCCCCUCCACACACCACAUGCCCAUGUGGGUCCGCAAGAUCUUCAUCCACAUGCUGCCCCCCUACCUGGGCAUGCUGCGGCCCAAGGUGGAGAUGCCCCUCUCCCUGGACCAGCCCCCCAGGAGGGAGAAGAACAAUAUGGCUAUCAGCCGCGCUGCUGACGAGUAUUUCAUACGCAAGCCCAACACCUGCUUCCUCUUCCCCAAACCCAACAGGUACCAGUCUGAGGGCAUGUGUACUGACCUGAGGAAGUUCAUCGACGGACCCAGCCACUACCUCACUCUGCCUCCGGAGCUCAAGACUGCCAUCGAGGCCAUCAUCUACAUCGCUGAGCAGCUACAGGCUGAGAAGGACUUUGCUGCUCUGAAGGAGGACUGGCAGUAUGUAGCCAUGGUAGUGGAUCGCAUGUUCCUGUGGAUCUUUGUGGUCUUCACUACUGUGGGAACCCUGGGCAUCUUCGCCGACGCCAGCUUCAACCACACCCCUAGCGACCCCUUUAAGUACCCCUAACGUGGGACACACACUCCACGUAUGCAUGAACACACACAAGAUCCCAAACUUUACCUCACUGAAACCCCAGAAGCCAUGACAGUUGCCCCAGCCUCCAAAACAGACAUGCAUAGCGAGAUCCUCUACAUGCCUUGGACAUAGCUACUCUAUACUGUACAUGGAAGGGUUUCUUUUUCUAUAUCUGCUGUGCUGAAGUGUGACAUUGCUGUAGUUCUGGGGCAGUAGGAAUCAAGCAUCUCAGAGUAGGAGUGCUGAUCUAGGAUCAGCCCAUAGUCGAUGGAAUCUUAUUAUGUUCUAAAAGGCUAAACUGAUCCUAGAUCAGCACUUCUAUUGUGAGAUGCUUUCUGAAUACGGACCCUGGUUUUACUAAAAUAUAUUUAUUGAUUGCUAUAUGUUUGUUGGGAGGAUAAAGACAGUGAAAACCAGAUACUAUAAAAUAUCAAGUGUAUACAUUUAAUUUACCAGAGUGAGAAUGUGUGUUUGGCAUAUAUAAAAAAAUAUAUUUAGUCAGCCACCAAUUGUGCAAGUUCUCCAACUUAAAAAGAUGAGAGAGGCCUGUAAUUUUCAUCAUAGGUACACUUCAACUAUGACAGACAAAAUGAGAAAAAAAUCCAGAAAAUCACAUUGUAGGAUUUUUAAUGAAUUUAUUUGCAAAUUAUAGUGGAAAAUAAGUAUUUGGUCAAUAACAAACGUUUAUCUCAAUACUUUGUUAUAUACCCUUUGUUGGCAAUGACAGAGGUCAAAGGUUUUCUGUAACAAGGUUUUCACACACUGUUGCUGGUAUUUUGGCCCAUUCCUCCAUGCAGAUCUCCUCUAGAGCGGUGAUGUUUUGGGGCUGUUGCUGGGCAACACGGACUUUCAACUCCUUCCAAAGAUUUUAUAUGGGGUUGAGAUCUGGAGACUGGCUAGGCCACUCCAGGACCUUGAAAUGCUUCUUACGAAGCCACUCCUUCGUUGCCUAGGCGGUGUGUUUGGGAUCAUUGUCAUGCUGAAAGACCCAGCCACGUUUCAUCUUCAAUGCCCUUGCUGAUGGAAGGAGGUUUUCACUGAAAAUCUCAUGAUACAUGGCCCCAUUCUUUCCUUUACACGGAUCAGUAGUCCUGGUCCCUUUGCAGAAAAACAGCCCCAAAGCAUGAUGUUUCCACCCCCAUGCUUCACAGUAGGUAUGGUGUUCUUUGGAUACAACUCAGCAUUCUUUGUCCUCCAAACACGACGAGUUGAGUUUUUACCAAAAAGUUUUAUUUUGGUUUCAUCUGACCAUAUGACAUUCUCCCAAUCUUCUUCUGGAUCAUCCAAAUGCUCUCUAGCAAACUUCAGAUGGGCUUGGACAUGUACUGGCUUAAGCAGGGGGACAUGUCUGGCACUGCAGGAUUUGAGUCCCUGGCGGCGUAGUGUAUUACUGAUGGUAUGCUUUGUUACUUUGGUCCCAGCUCUCUGCAGGUCAUUCACUAGGUCCCCCCGUGUGGUUCUGGGAUUUUUGCUCACCGUUCUUGUGAUCAUUUUGACCCCACUGGGUGAGAUCUUGCGUGGAGCCCCAGAUCGAGGGAGAUUAUCAGUGGUCUUGUAUGUCUUCCAUUUCCUAAUAAUUGCUCCCACAGUUGAUUUAUUCAAACCAAGCUGCUUACCUAUUGCAGUUUCAGUCUUCCCAGCCUGGUGCAGGUCUACAAUUUUGUUUCUGGUGUCCUUUGACAGCUCUUUGGUCUUGGCCAUAGUGGAGUUUGGAGUGUGACUGUUUGAGGUUGUGGACAGGUGUCUUUUAUACUGAUAACAAGUUCAAACAGGUGCCAUUAAUACAGGUAACGAGUGGAGGACAGAGGAGCCUCUUAAAGAAGAUGUCACUGGUCUGUGAGAGCCAGAAAUCUUAUUUGUUUGUAUGUGACCAAAUACUUAUUUUCCACCAUAAUUUGCAAAUAAAUUCAUAAAAAAAUUCUACAAUGUGAUUUUCUGGAUUUUUUUUCUUCUCAUUUUGUCUGUCAUAGUUGAAGUGUACCUAUGAUGAAAAUUACAGGCCUGAUCUUUUUAAGUGGGAGAACUUGCACAAUUGGUGGCUGACUAAAUACUUUUUUGCCCCACUGUAUGUAUACUAUACAGUAAUGUGAAUUCCACAGGCGGUUGGUAUAGCACCAACCGCCUGUGGAAUUCACAUUACUGUAGAAAUCUGUACCACCUAUCUCAAUCAUUGUUUCUCUCUUCUCUCCCAUACACACCUGUCUGUUAAGCUUGUCGUGCUUUUGUUUAGUUUUUAAAAAUAAAGAUCUGAGAUGAGUCAAAUCAAAGGCUCCAUCUGUU